AUGGAGAACGAAGAUCGAGUCAUUGCCGCCGUCGAAGCUGAAGUCAUCGCCGAUCGGACCGAACGCUGCUCGAACCUGCCCAUCACCGCCGACCAGGUAAAGUUAACUGCCUUAAAAGGAAUCAUGCAAAACGAAGAAUCGGAGUUUAAUAAUGAAAGUGCUGUAUGCGAUUAUACACCGAAUAUGCGUGCUGGCUUCAUCAGUGCUGGUUCGUUGGUGUCGGCCAUCGGAUGCAUCUCAAAUCUUCUCUUACUUUACGUGUUCAUAACGAAAACUCGUCGGACAUACCCAUUCCAGACAUUAUUGGCGUUCCUUGAUUUCAUGCUCUGCGCUCUUUACAUUUACUGUUUCGGUUUCUUAGCGAUGGCUGUGGAAUUGCGAAUAGCGUUCUUAUACAACCUCGUUAUGGACACCAAUGUAACAACCCUAGUGAUGAGUCGGAUUGUACAACUGGCAAUUCCUUAUACACUAAUUGCUAAUUCAGCUGACAAACUGACGAUGAUCACGGGAAGAAGUUCGGACUCAGGAACAUGUUUUCAUCGUCGGCUUCUGGUGAUUGGAUUAUUGAUACUUCUUGCAACAUUUCUUCGGAUCAAUGGAUUCCUCACUCUUGAGAUCAUGCAUGAGAAAAGCUGCGACAUUUUUCACAGCAAAUGGAUAACUCACCGACAGCUCGACGAAGCAGAAGCUGAAAUGUGGAGGGUUUUCGAAAAUGUUCUAACUUUCUUCCAUACAUUCGUAUCGUUCGUUGUUUUGUGCGCCCUCAACAUUAUUGUUGUGCUAAAACUGCGUGUGGAGCAUCGCCGGGCUCGACGCCAAUCUACUUCACCAGCUCAACUAUUUUCGACGUCAGCUUCGCGACUCCAAGCAGCCCAGGAAAUCCGAGAGCAACAGCAUCGUUUAAGAUGUGCGGUUAAAACAACUGUUGUCAUUAUAACCGCUUAUCUUGCAUGCAACAGUGUCAAUUUUCUACUUUACUUAAUGGAAACGUUUCGUCCAACUUGGGUUUAUGAAGAAGAUGGGUCUUUCCGUUCCCAAUAUGUAUUCAUAAGCGAUCUCAACUCGAAUUUGUUUGUUCUUUCUUCUACAAUUCGCCUCUUUAUCUAUUAUAAGUAUAAUUCUGACAUUAGGCAACACAUCAAGAGUCUUACAUUCGUCGGAUAUUUUAUUUCAGACCAAAAAAGAAAACCAGAUGUUCUUUUGAAAGUCGAUGUUUAA